GACCCAAGAAAAUAAUAUAAAAAAAAUGGACUUCUUGUCCCUCUGGUCUCUUCCUUCAUCACUUUAGCAAGAAUACAAAUACCAUGGAACAAAAGCCAUCUUUUCUUCUCCUCUUAUAUUAUAAGUAACAAUCACAACAAUUAUUUAAUCCUUCCAUAUUUGAUCAACCCCUUUGCUUAAAUCCAUUAUUAUUCCUCUUCAACUUUAGUACUUCCAUAGUCAUUCACUGAAUGGAAUAUUUCUACAAAGCUAAGGCUGUAAGAUUAAAAAGUCAUUUAGACAAAUACUUAGUAGCAGAUGAUGAUCAAGAAAACAUACGACAAAGUGGAAACGGAAAAUCAAGAAAAGCACGGUGGCUGGUUGAACUUGUCGAUGACGGAAACAGCCACUUUAUACGACUGAAAACUACUUCCGGCAAGUAUUUAACGGCUUCUGAUGAGCCGUUUCUUCUUGGCAUGACAGGAAAAAAGGUACUUCAAACUUUGCCGGAAAAGAUAGAGGAUGUGAGAAUUAAGUGGGAACCAAUAAGAGAUGGAUUUCAAGUAAAAUUAAAGGCUUUUGGAGGAAAUUUUUUACGUGCAAAUGGAGGGACACCACCAUGGAGAAAUAAAGUGACAUAUGAUAAUCCUUAUAGUAGUAGCACAAAAAAUUGGAUUUUGUGGAAUGUUGAACCUGUAGAUGUACCUGAAAAUGAAUCAUUGACGGAUUAUUUAAAGUUGGUUUCGAGUUUUUCAUCGGUUUCUGAUGAACUUUCAGGUUUGGAUUUGGGAUCUCCGAUGUCUAUACAUUCAAGUUUUUCUUUCUCACCUAGGAUGGCUAAGAGUCCAUUAACAAAAAGACCAGCAAUGGAGUUAUUUCACAAAGCAAAAGCAGUACGUUUACAAAGUCAUCGUGAUAAAUAUUUAACAGCUGAUGAAGAUGAAGAAUCAGUAACACAAGAUCGUAACGGUGCUUCAAAGAAUGCAAAAUGGGUCGUUGAAUUCGUUGAAAAGACAGACAAUGUUAUACGUUUAAAAAGUUGUUAUGGGAAGUAUCUUACUGCUUCAAAUCAGCCUUUUCUUCUUGGUAUGACCGGUAGAAAAGUCUUGCAAACUUUGCCUAACAGACUUGAUUCUUCUAUCGAAUGGGAACCUAUUAGAGAAGGUAAACAAGUGAAGUUAAGGACUAGAUAUGGGCAGUUUUUGAGGGGUAAUGGGGGAUUGCCACCAUGGAGAAAUUCAGUGACACAUGAUAUUCCACAUAGGACUAGUACUCAAGAUUGGAUACUUUGGGAUGUUCAUGUUGUUGAAAUCUUGGCACAUUCUCCCGUGCCGAUGCCAACGCCUGCGGUGGUGAAUCAUUCGGAUUCAUUUGCUUCGGAAUCUAGUUCUCCUAGUACUACUGGUUCGUCGAAAUCUUUCGGCUUUUCUAGACAAGAGUCAAGUGAUUCUUUGGUUAAUUCGCCGCCUAAGUUGGGAGAUGGAAGGCUUAUAUACUACCACAUCACAGAUGAAUUUGGAGAAGUUGAAGAGGGAAUGGAGGGACUUUGCAUAACUUUCAAGGGAAAUAGUGUUGAGGAUCUAAAGAAGAGAUUGGAGGAGGAAACGGGGCUUGAGGAAAUUACUGUGUGUACUCGGAGUCCUUUGAAUGGGAAGCUUUAUCCUCUCCGUUUGCAGCUUCCUCCCAACAAUGCAAAUAUGAAUGUUAUUAUUUUGCCAUCAUCAUCUAAAGAGGCAAAAGAUUUUGCUACACCAAGAAUGCUAUUGUAGGCCAACGUGGGGAGCACGUACACGGAUUGAUGCAGUAGAUGGAUGUAGCUGGAUUUUUGUAUUAGUAAGAUGAACGUCAUCUAAAAGUAUCUCCAUUGUUUAUGAAGCAUUUGUACAUAAGGUUGAGUGUUCUGAGAGAGUAAAUGAAGAUGAUAGCUACUAGAAUAUCUGUUCUGGAUGUUAAUAUCAUACACUAUCCCACGGAAUGAUGAAAAAUGAAGAAUUCCUUGUUCAUUA